AUGCCUGGGCUUGCUGCAGGAAGCGAUGCCUCUUCUAAAGACCAUGUUCCUUCAACUCCUAAGAAGCGAGGUGGUGGAGAAAGCGUAAGAGACACCACCAAGAAAGCUUACUACAACUAUGAGAUGCCGAAGCAGGGUCACCCAGAUACUGGUGUCUCUUCCGAGGCUGGGGGCUCUGUGAAUAUGUUCCUCAAGGACAUCUUUGAGCGCGUCGCGAGGGAAGCGUCGCGCCUGGCGCACUACAACAAGCGCUCCACCGACGCAUCCCAGGAGCUCCACACAGCCAUGCGCUUAUUGCUGCCUCAAGAGCUGGCCAAGCAUGCAGGGUCCAAGGACACCAAGGCUGCUACCAAGUACACCUGUGCCAAGCGAGUUUGA